AUGGGACCAUUUACGCGAAGUAAAGCAGGCCAUCAGUACAUUCUGGAGAUCCAAGACUUCUUCACGAAGUGGAUAGAAAUUCGCCCUUUGCGUAAAGCUACGGUGAUGAUAAGAGCGUAUGUGGAAGCAGACCACCGUGAUUGGGAUUGCCAUUUGGAUGCCUUUGGAUUUGCAUACAAUACAGCCCAACACAGUUCUCUGAAAGCCACACCUGCUUUCGUAAACUUUGGUCGAGAACUAGAGCCCGAAAACUCACUACGACGAAAGUUAGAAGGUGACGUGGAAGUCGAAGAGACACCUACAGCCUCAUGGAUCGAACGUAUGAAACGCCAUGACACCCUGAGGCUAGCGUUCAGACAUGCGUUAGCCGAAGCUAAUGAUAGACAGGCACAAGCGUAUAACUUGCGCCGAAGAACUGGCGAAUACGAGGUCGGUGAACUAGUAUUAGUUCGCAAUCACGAACUGUCCAAUGCUGCCAAGCAUCGCUCAGCGUCAUUGAGUAAACCAUUCAAUGGACCCUUCGUAGUCACCAAGAAGCAUUCCAGAAAUUUCUACGAAGUUUCUGACUUGGCGGGUCGUAAUCCAAAAAGCACCUCAAUAGUGGACAUGAAGGCCUAUAAGUAA